GUGCUACUGUCGCUGUCAUCACAGAUGUACCCCCAGCUGUCACUCCAUUGCUCCGUCUCUGUGCUCGCGCGUGCUCUCUCCUCCUCUCCCCUGGCUUCCCCUCUCGAUCUGUCUACCUCUGUCCCUCCCUCUUCCCCUCUCAGUUUGUUAUUGACCCAGCAGCCCCGUCCCCUUGGCAGCAGCGGCGGCAGGCAUUCCUCCUCCCCAGGCUGUUUGCUGCGUGCCAGGUCCCCGCUCGCUCGCGGUGGAUUGGAGACUCGGUGCCCACUGCGCUCCACUUGGCUGUGCUGUCUGGAUUUCUCCAGGAAUCCCAGGAGGGGCUCAUUGAACGGCUCACAGCUACUUGGUUUAAGGAGCUUGAGGUCAGGGUGGAGAAAGGACUGACAGGCAGUGCCUACAAGGGAUCCUCUGUCCCAGCCGUGCAGGGCUGCGAGAGCUGCCGCGUCACCAUGCUGGCCCCCGGCAGUGGCUCCGAGCAGAGGACCAGGCUGGCCCUGCGGUGGAGGCAGGUCUCCUGGAUCGCCUGCUGGAUCGCCCUGUGUGCUGUGGAGGCCCUCCCCACCUGCCCUUUCUCCUGUAAGUGUGACACCCGCAGCCUGGAGGUGGAUUGCAGUGGCCUAGGCCUCACCAUGGUGCCCCCAGACUUGCCUGCUGCCACCCGAACUCUCUUGCUCUUGAACAAUAAGCUGAGUGCCCUGCCAAGCUGGGCAUUCGCCAAUCUGUCCAGUCUGCAGCGGUUGGACCUAUCCAACAACUUCCUGGACCAGCUGCCCCGCUCCAUUUUCGAGGACCUGACGAAUCUGACUGAGCUGCAGCUGCGCAAUAACAGCAUCAGGACCCUGGACAGAGACCUGCUGCAGCACUCGCCCCUGCUCCGCCACCUAGACCUGUCCAUCAACGGCCUGGCCCAGCUGCCCACUGGCCUUUUUGACGGACUCCCUGCUCUGCGCUCCUUAUCGCUGCGCUCCAACCGCCUGCAGAACCUGGAUCGGCUGACAUUUGAACCCCUAGCAAGUCUGCAGCUACUGCAGGUUGGGGACAACCCCUGGGAGUGUGACUGUAACUUGCGUGAUUUCAAGCACUGGAUGGAGUGGUUCUCUUACCGAGGGGGGCGCCUGGACCAACUUGCCUGCACCCUACCCAAGGAGCUGAGAGGAAAGGACAUGCGCAUGGUCCCCAUGGAGAUGUUCAACUACUGCUCCCAGUUGGAGGGCGAGAAUAGCUCGGCUGGGCUGGAUAGUCCUGGCCCACCCUGCACCAAGGCCAGCCCAGAACCUGCCAAGCCCAAGCCAGGGGCUGAACCGGAGCCGGAGUCCAGUACAGCCUGCCCCCAGAAGCAGAGGUACCGGCCUGUGAGCGUGCGCCGGGCCAUCGGCACCGUGAUCAUUGCCGGGGUGGUCUGUGGCAUCGUCUGCAUCAUGAUGGUGGUGGCUGCUGCCUACGGCUGCAUCUAUGCCUCCCUCAUGGCUAAAUACCACCGAGAGCUCAAGAAGCGCCAACCGCUCAUGGGGGACCCGGAGGGUGAGCAUGAAGACCAGAAGCAGAUCUCCUCUGUGGCAUGACAGCCCGGCCCUACCUGGCUCAGGUAGGAAGGGCAAGGAGAGCGCAUGGAGACUGCUUCUGGAAGAGCUGGCCCUUCUUUCUGCCACAGUCCCCAGCUCCACUCCUUCCCCCGUCCCAGCCCAGCCCUCCAGCAAAGCAGCCACAGCGGGGACUUCCAGUCUCUGGGGAAGCUGCCAUUAUGCUGAAGGCUCCAGCUGAUGCGCCUCCCGGGGCCACCAAAUCUUUGGAUCUCCUUGAGCCUCUGGUCGUAGAGAGGAAGGAAUAUGCGUGCAAGUGGAGCUUCUGAUUGAGCACUGCCGUUGCCCUUCCUGCCCUGGAUGUAGUCCACAGCUAGGUGACUCUCCCUACCUCUUGCUCAACCUCUCUCAUCUGCAUGAGGGGCUGGGGAGGAAGUAAUAUGAGGGAAGGGGUUCAUUUCUGUGACUCUCUUUUAAGCCAGGAAGAUAUUCUUAACCACCCUUCAGUGUGAAAGUUGGGUCCAGCUUUCAGAAGCUGGUACUAACGUGCAAGCCCAGCAGCCCUGUCAUCGGGAUCUAGCCCUUAGAAACACCACGCUGUGAUUGCAACACACUCCCGCGGCGGAAGCCAUUACGCCCCUAUAUCUGCUAGAGACUAUGCCGACCGCAUUACUCCUGGAUUCACUAAUUUACUCUCACACUAACUCAUAGCAUCACCAGCGAAAUCACAUCAACUGAAAAAAAUCCCACACACGUGCACACACAGUCACAUGGAGACAGAGUCAGGAGAACUUGGGGAGCAGAGCGUGCUUCCCCUUGGGUGUCUAGCCCUCAGCACUGAAGCUUCUGCUUGCUUAUCGCCAUCUUCUCAAGUCAACAAGGAGAGAAACCCAAACUGACAGUACAGGAUGCCUUUGAGAUCCUCUAAAGUGGGCCAAGUGGAUGAGCCUGCCCGUCACCAUGGUAACCCUCUCACCUGUCCUGCUGGGUUUUCCAGGGAAGCAGCCCAGAGGCCUUGAGGCUGCAGCACCUGUGGAUGGCAGCCUCCUGAGCGCCCAGGGGGCCAAAGUGCAUCAUCACUGCCAGCCCUGUGGGGACACCCACCGAUUCCCCUCCCGCACCUGCAGCCCGCAGCCGGAGAACCAUUGCUCUGCACCCCUCCCUCCUUCUUCAGCACUUCUGGGCCCGUGACCUUGGGUGGGGACUGGGCCAUGCUCUGUGCCUGGUGACAUCUUGGGAAAGCAGGUGGCCUCUGUGAAGCUCACUGCCUGCUCACAUCUCCCACACAGAGACUGCCGCACUCUGUUCAGAGGCUCCCGUGAUGGGGCUCCCUCUCCCACGGGUUGGUCUGCUCAGUCCGGCUCCCCAGAGUUCUCCAUUGCACCUGGACUGGGCUCCAAACUGGAGCAAGGGCCAGGGCUCCUGUUUGUUCCUUGCUUGAACCUACACCAAAGGGGCAGAGACGCCUGCUUGCAGAGUUGUGGGAAUGGCAGAGAAGAGGGCUGGGUGGGGUUCAGGUCGCUCAGUGGUGGCCCAGGAAGAGGUUGCCAGAACACGAGGCCAGGGUUUGAGGAAGGACAGGGCAGGCCCAGCUCAGCUUGCACCCCUCAACGCUUGUAUCUCAUAGAAGAGCAUAGUCGGAGAGAGGGCUUGGAGGAGAGGCAAACUUGCCUUUGGAAAGGCCAUUCUCCAGCACAGGGGUGCCGAGGGCGCCCCAGCAAGGCUGCUAAAUGCCCUCCCCCAUGUGGGGCACAGUCUUCCUUCUUUUGGUUUGCCAGCUGAAACCAGAUGUGGGGAUUUCCUAAAGGGAAUGGGGGAGGGGUGGACAUUGUCAAUAGUGGUAUCUUCACCUUGAGACAGAAGAUUUUUAAAGGCAAAUUAUAUUUCUGGUUUGUUGUUUCAGAAGACCAAUAA